AUGUCCAACAGCAGCUCCAUCACCCAGUUCCUCCUCCUGGCAUUCGCAGACACACGGGAGCUGCAGCUCUUGCACUUCUGGCUCUUCCUGGCCAUCUACCUGGCUGCCCUCCUGGGCAAUGGCCUCAUCAUCGCUGCCAUCGCCUGUGACCACUGCCUCCACAACUCCAUGUACUUCUUCCUCCUCAACCUCUCUGUUCUUGACCUGGGCUGCAUCUCUACCACUGUCCCCAAAGCCAUGGCCAAUUCCCUCUGGGACACCAGGGCCAUUCCGUACUAUGGUUGCACUGCACAAGUCUUUCUGUUACUCUGUUUUAUUGCAGCUGAGUUGUAUCUUCUCACUGUCAUGGCCUAUGACCGCUGUGUGGCCAUCUGCAAACCCCUGCACUACGGGACCCUCCUGGGCAGCAGAGCUUGUGUCCACAUGGCAGCAGCUGCCUGGGGCACUGGGUUCCUCAAUGCUCUCCUUCACACUGCCAACACAUUUGCACUACACCUCUGCAGAGGCAAUGCUGUAGAUAACUUCUUCUGUGAAAUCCCCCACAUCCUCAAGCUCUCCUGCUCACACUCCUACCUCAAGGAAGUUGGGCUUAUUGUCAUUAGUGUCUUUGUGGACUUUGGGUGUUUUAUUUUCAUAGUGGUGUCCUACGUGCAGAUCUUCAGGGCUGUGCUGAGGAUCCCCUCACAGCAGGGACGCCACAAAGCCUUUUCCACAUGCCUCCCUCACCUGGCUGUGGUCUCCCUGUUUUUCAGCACUCUAGUGUUUGCCUACCUGAAGUCCCCCUCCACCUUCUCCCCAUCCCUGGAUCUGGUGGUGGCAGUUCUGUACUCGGUGGUGCCUCCAGCAGUGAACCCCCUCAUCUACAGCAUGAGGAACCAGGAGCUCAAGGAUGCCUUAUGGAAACUGGUCCAAUGGAUGCCCUUUCACUGA